CCCAUGGAUAAUAGUACAGAGGUGAAGAAUUUUAUCUUGGAGGGUCUAACCAAUGUUCCAGCUCUUCAGCUUCCUCUCUUCAUUUUGUUCACCCUCAUUUAUCUCAGCAGUAUAUUUGGGAACCUGGGGAUGAUCCUGUUGAUUUUCUUGGACCAUCGUCUCCACACUCCCAUGUACUUUUUCCUCAGUAACCUAUCUUUGGUGGACUUUGGAUACUCCUCAGCUGUCACACCCAAGGUCAUGGCUGAAUUCCUUCUAGGAGACAAGGUCAUCUCCUACAAUGCCUGUGCUGCUCAGAUGUUCUUUUUUGUAGGCUUUGCCACUGUGGAGAAUUACCUCUUGGCCUCCAUGGCCUAUGACCGCUAUGCAGCGGUGUGUAAACCCCUGCAUUACACCACCACCAUGACCACAGGUGCAUGUGCUUGCCUGGUCAUAGGUUCCUAUAUCUGUGGUUUUCUGAAUGCCUCCUUCCACAUUGGGGACAUAUUCAGUCUCUCUUUCUGUAAGUCCAGUGUAGUCCACCACUUUUUCUGUGAUGUCCCAGCAGUCAUGGCUCUCUCUUGCUCUGAUAAAGUCAUCAGUGAGGCGAUUCUUGUUUUUAUGUCAAGUUUCAAUGUCUUUUUUGCUCUUCUAGUUAUCUUGAUCUCCUACCUAUUUAUAUUUGUCACCAUCUCGAAGAUGCAUUCAUCUCAGGGACAUCAAAAGGCUUUAUCCACCUGUGCUUCUCACCUCACUGCAGUCUCUCUAUUCUACGGGACCGUCAUUUUUAUGUAUUUGCAACCUAGCUCCAGUCAUUCCAUGGACACAGAUAAAAUGGCAUCGGUAUUCUAUGCUAUCAUCAUCCCCAUGCUCAAUCCUCUGGUCUACAGCUUGAGAAACAAAGAAGUCAAAAGCGCACUCAAGAAGAGUUUUGAAAAGGCAAAGUUAUCUCUAGGAUUGGGAUUUUAA